AUGUCAGGUCACGGGUCGUUUUCGCUCAAGGCCGCGCUGUCGAGCACCAGAAUUUUGUUCGGUCUCCUGCCCGGCCUGGGGGCCAUGAUAUUGCUGCGAAUGGCCGUACACCUGUACAGGCCCGACAUCGAAGACUCGGACCAUCGUGUCGCCGACCGACCUCUGGAGGGCCUCUACGAGUGCUACGACUUCGUGAUCAUCGGCGCCGGCUCUGCGGGCGCGGUGGUCGCCAACCGGCUCUCUGAGAACCCCGAAUGGAACGUACUUCUACUGGAGGCCGGUCAAGACGAGAACGUGCUUGCGGACAUCCCCUCGUUGUUCCCCGUGCUGCAAACCUCGUCGAUCGACUGGCAGUUCGCCACCGAACCGAGCGAGGAGUAUUGCCUGAGCAUGGUGGACACUAGAUGCAAGUGGCCGCGUGGCAAAGUCCUCGGCGGCUCUAGUGUCCUGAACGCGAUGCUGUACAUAAGGGGCAACAAGCGUGACUACGACGACUGGGCGAGGGCGGGCAACGUUGGGUGGUCGUUCGACGAGGUGUUCAAAUAUUUCCUCAAGUCCGAGGACAUGCGAAUACCGGAAUACCAAAACGAUCCCUAUCACGCUGUCGGGGGGCCCAUGUCCGUCGAGCAUUUUGCUUUCGAGCAGCCCAUCACGGCUAAAAUUCUGGAAGCUUCGCGGCAGCUUGGAUACAGUACGAUCGACGUCAACGGCGCAACACAGGCCGGGUUCACCCGAUCUCAUGCCACGUUACGGGAGGGUCUUCGAUGCAGCACCGAAAAAGGCUAUCUUAGACCAGCCGCUAGGAGGGCCAACCUUCAUGUAAGCGUUCGCUCGCUCGUGGAGAAAGUACUAAUCGAUGAGAAGAAAACGGCGUACGGUGUAAAAUUCACGAAGAACGGACAAACUAAAAUUAUAAAAGCUAGUAGGGAGAUUAUUUUAUCGGCUGGUGCCAUCCAGUCACCACAGUUGCUUAUGCUUUCGGGUAUCGGUGAUAGCGAACAUUUAAAGGAGGUCGGCAUCUAUCCGAUAGUGAACUUGCCAGGCGUCGGUCUAAACCUUCAAGACCACGUCGCUAUGGGUGGCCACUCCUUUCUCUUCGACAAUCCAUACGAGAACGGGACGGACUUCUCUUUCAACCUCAACACGGUAUGGUCUUUGGGGAACCUGAUCGAUUUCGUCGUGAACAAACAGGGGUCUUUAUAUAGCAUGAUGGAGGCUGAGGCGAUGGCCUUCGUAAACACAAAGUAUCAAGAUCCCACGGAGGACUAUCCUGACAUACAGCUGUUUAUUGCCCCCACUGCGGACAAUAUGGAUGGGGGCCUAUUCGGUAAACGUGCGAACGGACUGACAGACGAAACGUACGCAGAGCUAUAUGAAGACAUCCUGUUCGAACCCUCUUUCUCAAUAGUCCCCCUGCUUUUAAGACCCAAAAGCCGUGGCUACGUUAAAUUAAAAGACAGCAACCCUUUCACGCCGCCUCGGAUAUAUCCUAACUACUUUCAAGACCCUACAGACAUAAAAGUAUUGAUAGAAGGGGCCCGGAUUGCUCAAGCGCUGGUCGGGCAGCCGGCGCUCCAAGAGUUGAACGCGCGGCCGAACCCCCACAGGAACCCGGGCUGCGCAAAACACGAGCUCAUGUCCGACGAGCACCUGGAGUGCCAGGCCCGUCACCACUCGCUGACGAUCUACCACCCAGUUGGCACCUGUGCCAUGGGCCCUCCAGAGAAUCCGUACGCGGUGGUCGAUCCGAGAUUGAGGGUUUACGGCAUAAAGGGCUUAAGGGUGGUCGACGGUAGCGUAAUGCCAACGAUCGUCAGUGGUAACACGAACGCACCAAUCAUCAUGAUUGGCGAGAAGGCAUCGGACAUGAUCAAGGAGGACUGGGCGGAAGCCAUCGAGGAGUUCACCCAGUGCAACCAGAGCUACAGACAGGCCGAUCAGCUGACAAACGACGACGCGCCGGAAAGAAUACAACUCUCGCGUAAUAGGACCCUCGAUCUACUGAACGAGACCUUGGCCCUCUUCCCGGGUCUACCUGAGGGCUUUCUACCACGGGUAAACAGUAAAAAUGGCACAAACGGAGCCACAUCUUUUCAGGCAACGUCAAAGGGGGGGAAAGCGGGGACGUCACUCCCCAAUUCGUACAACUCAAUAGGCCAGUUCCACGAUGCUCCAUCCUACGCAACAUGUGACACGGAGCGAUUAAAUUCCUACAGCCAACGGCCUAGUCCUUAUAAAACCCCGUUGUACAUCUUUCAACCUAUACCAUAUUACAAUGAGAAUGCAAUGCAAGGACAAAUGACACCGUAUCCGCGCGCGAACCCAUUCGGAGGGUACGCGAAAACUCGUCCAGUACACACGAAAAAUAUGAAACCACAUUACAAACAAACCAGUCUAAGGCCGUUGAAAGGGAAGCCCAUAUAUGAUUGGGGAGUUCUUGGCAACAGACACAGGAGUGACGAUGCAAAGAGAAUGUACUUUGAAACCAAGGAGAUCGUUACGUCGAAAGGGCGUAAAGAGUGCAAAAUCUGGUUGCAUUACAAUGGUGUAAACUACGAAAUAACAACG